UCCGUAUCUGUGCUACUGGGCACUGACUGCUCCCUGUCAGUUCUCGAGUUCUUCAUCAGCACACAAGCCUUGCCAAACAUGCAUCUAACGUACGCCGUGCUCGCCACUGGAAUUGCGCUCUUUGUAAGCACCGAUAUCGUCUCCACUGCCCAGAAUACCGCCAAGAAUCUCCAGCAAGAGGCUCCACUUGUAGUCCACUCAGGUUCCCAGAAAGAAAUCAAUUACGGCAAGAGAUUGCUGCGAACCACAGUGCAGACCUACGACGGUGAUGAGGAUUCAGACGAGAGGAUGUUUGCACCCAUGAUCAAUGGACUGCUCGGAAAGGUGGGGCCUGUUAUCGAACUCGGUGGACCAAAGGUUGUUAAGGACGCCCCGAAGCUGGAGAAGUAUCAGGUGUGGUUGAGGGCUCGAUUGAGCCCACCCCAAGUUCAGCGCGUCCUCAGUGAGAAGAAAAAGCCAUUGCAGGCACUUAACUAUAUUCUGAGAAGUCAGGAUUCAGACCAGUAUCUCAAGUUCGUUGUGGAAUACCACAGACGCCGACCAGGGAGUACGAUUCCAAAACCAGCGUCACAGAUGCAGAACUACGAAUUGUGGUUAUAUGCUGGAUUAACGCCGUCCCAGGUUCAGAGUCGAGUGAACGUUCUGAGUGCGAAGAAAAAGCCAUUGCAGGCACUAAGCUAUAUCCUGAGAAGCAAGGACUCCGAUCAGUAUCUCAAGUUCAUUGUUGAAUACCAGAGACGCCAGCCACGUAGUAAGAUUCCAAAGCCAGUGUCACAAAUGCAGAGCUACGAAGUGUGGCUGUAUGCUGGAUUGAACCCGUCCCAGGUUCGAGUGGAUGUCCUGAAGAAGGAGCCGUGGCAGGCACUUCGCUCUAUUUUGCGCGGCAAGGAUUCCGACCAGUAUCUCAAGUUCGUUGUUGAUUACCAGAGAAGCCAGCCAGGAAGUAAAAUUUCAAAGCCAGCUGCACAAAUGCAGAAAUCCGAACUAUGGCUCCAUGCUGGAUUAACACCGACUCAAGUUCGAGUGAAUAUCCUGAAGACAACGUUGAGGGGUGUCGAGCAACAUAAACUUGUCAGGCAGUUCAACAAAUUCGAGAAAAUGUACGAACGGCGGAAUCAGAACACAGCAGUAAGCCCUAUUUGACAAACCUUGACGAGAUUGGUGCGGAAGACAGCGUUACCCGGCUGCAGGAAUUUAGAACAUGCAGUAUUAUCCAUGGAUACGUUUAGAGAUUUCGCAAAAUUGAUGCACAACGAAGCUACACUCAUUUAGAUCCCUAUUAAUAAUUUACCAUGCACC